AUGGACAUCGAUUCAUUUUGGUUGCAAAAGGCGGUCGUGGAUUUUGUUCAUUCAAACAUUAUUUGUCGAUUUAGUAUCCCAAGAGCUAUUAUCAGAGAUAAUGCUGCAAACCUCAAUAGUAAUCUGAUGAAGGAGGUAUGCGAGCAGUUCAAAAUUGUUUACCACAAUUCUACUCCAUACCGACCAAAAGCCAACGGAGCUGUGGAGGCAGCCAACAAGGAUAUCAAAAAGAUUCUCAGAAUGAUGGUUCAAGGCACUAGACAAUGGCAUGAGAAACUGCCUUUUGCACUUUUAGGAUAUUGCACAACAGUACGUACCUCAAUUGGUGAGACUCCUUAUUUGCUGGUGUAUGGAACUGAAGCUGUGAUUCCAGCAGAAGUCAAAAUUCCAUCUCUUCGAAUUAUAGUCGAGGCUGAAAUUGAAGAUACUGAAUGGGUCAAAACCCGACUAGAGCAACUCACAUUAAUAGAUGAGAAACGAUUGACGGCUUUCUGUUUUGGUCAGCUUUAUCAGCAAAGGAUGGCUCAUGCAUACAACAAAUAG